CGUGUAACGAGAGUGAAUAUAAACUCAAAAGCCUUGUUUGUUUAUCCACCGAACAAAGUUGUUUUUUUGUUUAGUUUUAUAUUUUUAAAUGUUGUAAAAACAUGGAUAUACAUAGAUAUAAACGCUACCAAGAAUUUGGCGAUGAAGCCAUUUCAAAAAGGAGUGCUUACAGACACAGAAAUAUAAUAUUGCCGUCUCGCAAUCACGUAGAGAAAACACGGCAAUUUUCAUCUAUUGGAUCUGAAUCAAUAAAUGAUAUAAUCGAUCAAAAUCAAUCAAAUACAGAAGUAGAAGACUGCGAUCAGAUUACUACUUUCACUGAAUAUGAGAAUGAUUUGCAAGAAUAUCUUCAUCGGAUACUACUCGAAGAUAAGAUUACAGAUUCUUCUCCAGCAACUAAGAAUCCCAAAAGCUUAAAUGAUAUGAUAAAGGAUAUUAACUUUUUUAAACCUUUAUCAAUUUCUGCCUGUGUAAGGCAAGGUGAAUUAUUAUUAAUGGUUUUGAAACAUUGCUUAUCAAACAAUACAUCUGUUAGUGCAAUGUCAAAUUUAUGUAGAAUGAUAAAUACAAUUUUUCAAACGGAGGUUAUGCCAAAUUCACGGUAUUUUCUUGAUCAAUUAUUUGAUUCUAUGGAUAAAGUCGAAUUUCACGCAGUAUGUCCAAAUUGUACUGCAUACAUAGGACAAUUUAAUGAAAUCCGUGAUGUAAAAAGCUGCCAUACGUGCACAUCAGAGUUAAAUCUCGAAAAUCCCAGUAAUACAAGUUUUUUUGUUUUAAUGGAUCCUUCAUCUUAGAUAAGAGAUUUGAUCAGUAUUUAUCAGGAUCAUUACGAUUUUGUGAUUAAAGAAAGAGUGCCUGAAACUAAUUUUUUAAAUGACAUUUAUGAUGGUAAAGAGUACAGAAAAUUUGUUCGUUCUUUACCAGAACAACAGAAAACAAAUUAUAUUAGUUCCGUUUUUAAUACAGAUGGUGCCAACAAAUUUAAGUGUUCGCAAUUUUCAAUAUGGCCAUUGUUCCUUAUGAUCAAUGAGUUGCCGAGACAACAGAGAAUGUCAAAAUUAGUCAAUUAUGGUUUGUGGUUCAAUAAAAAUAAACCAGAUAUGAGUGUUUUUUGGGCACGUUGGUUGAAAUGUUAAAUAAAAUCACAAAAAAUGGUAUUACAUGUGUCAUAAAAGGAGAAGAGCGUGUUUUAAACCUGCAUAUUAUUAAUUGCUGCGUAGAUUAAGUAGCUCGUGCACCUACUCAAGAGAUUAAGCAAUUCAAUGGAAAAUGUGGUUGCAGUUGGUGUUAUCAUCUAUCUUAUUAGAAAAGAGUAUUGUUCCAAGAGACCAUCAAACUACCAUUAAUGAUAUGAUGCUUGCUACUCCCGACAAUCCAGUAAAUGGAAUCAAGAAUCCGUCUGCUCUAAUAAAUUUGCCAUAUUUUAAUAUUAUUUCCGGAUUUGUCCCUGACUACAUGCAUUGCUGCUUGGAAGGUGUUGCAAAACAGAUUACGGAAUAUCAUAUUGCAUCAAUGAACAAUGAUGACAUAACAGAAAUCGAUUAUAAAAUCAAACAGAUUACUGCAGCACAUCAGAUUUCGAAAUUGAGUCGACAAAUUAAUUUGAGAGAUAAAUGGAAAGCUCAUGAGUGGGAGAAUUAUAUAUUAUACUAUAGCGCUGUAGUUUUACGAGAACAUUUAA